CAACACGAUCGCCCCCUCUUCAAAUCAACUCAGCAUGGACAAACCCCCGGAGGAACCUGCGAAACCACCGCAACCGGCCCCAAAAACGUCCGCCCCGGGCGACGGCAUCCGGUCGAUGCGCUCGACGAACGUGUUCCGUGCGAUCAACUUUGAGCUGUACGCGAAACCGAACGCAAUUAUAAUGGGAAUCGGCCUGGUGGCUAUCGGAGUCACCUUCGGCUACAUCGCGUACAUGCGGUCCAAGUACGAGGGUCUGGGCUAUUACACCGCGAUUCAGGAGGACGGAAAGGAGGUGUUUGUAAAAAGAAAGUCAAAGUGGGAAUAAAGCUAUUUUUUAAGGUAGAGAA